AGAUCAACCCACUAGUAUUUCUCUCUCUUUAUGCUCUCUACACUACAAAUUUUGCACAAAAAACAAACCAUUAACAUACAAUUCUUCUUUUUUCUUCUCAAGGGGAGAGAAAAGAAAAAAGAAAUUCAAGUAAAUAAAUAAAGGUUGUAAAAAGCAGGAAAAGGAAGCAGCCUUGUUCUUCUCUUUCUUUUUCUUUUUGUGGUUUGUAUAAUGUAUGUAUAUUUUUUCAAUUGGUUUCCCCUUUUCUUGUGGCCACUGCUAAGCAUCUUUUCUCCACUAUUCCUGUGAUUUUGUCUCCUCAUCUCUCUCCAAUUCUUUCCUUGUUGGAAUAGAAAUUCCCCUGUUGUUAUUCUUGCUUUGGCUUCGUUCUUCUUCUUCUUCUUCUAUCUCUUACUGUUCUUCACCUAUGGUUUGCUUCUUAUUUGCUGCCUAUCUUCUUUUCUAACCAUUUGGGCCUAUGAUCAGUAAAGUCUAAGUUCAUUUUUCUUUUGUUGGGCGGGGAGGGUUUCUUUUUGUUUCCUUUGAUUUUUAAUUUAAAAUUUCUCCCUUUACAACCUGGAAUUUUGCUGCAAUAUCAUUUUCUUGGGAAUUUACAGUGCUAAUCAUUUCUGGGUUGCGUUGAUCAUACUGUAGAAUUCAGUUUUUUUUUCUCAGUUACCUCUCAAGACUGGGAAAAUUUCUUCAUAUCCUUGAAUUCAGUUUAUCUCUUGUUUCUUGUCUGUCAUAUUCUUUAACAGGACCUGCUUCUUCUUGAUUCUCGUUUCCAGCAAAUUUCCUGUGGACAUUUUUCUUCUUCUGUCUCAAGUUGUUGAAUUUGCUGUUCCAUGUUAAUAUUGUUAUUAACAAUUUUAAAAUUCACUUCAAAUAGUCUAAAUUCCUUUACUUUUCUGUGAUUUCUUGUUCCUUCUUCAGUUUUCUUGAUUUUAUAGUGAUUUCUUGAAUUAUUUUUUUCCUUGGCUUUUUGUUUCAAUGGGAAUCUGUCAUGGAAAACCUACUGAGUCCCAUCAACACGAAUCCAACAACGCUACACUCUCCUUUGAAACCGACUCAGAGCCCCCAAAUUCCCACACCAGCAAAACCUCUAACCCUUUCUACAGUCCAAGUCCCUUGAGAAGCCUCUUCAAGAACUCACCGGGAAUAUCAAGUGUAAGUUCCACUCCUUUGCGCAUUUUCAAGAGGCCCUUUCCACCUCCUUCUCCUGCAAAGCACAUUCGUGCAUUGCUUGCUCGAAGGCAUGGCUCUGUUAAGCCCAAUGAGGCCCCUAUCCCUGAGGAUAAUGAUAGUGAUAUUGCUCUAGACAAGAAUUUUGGGUUCUCCAAGCAGUUUGCGAGCCAUUAUGUGCUUUUUGAGGAGGUGGGGCGUGGCCAUUUUGGUUACACUUGCUCUGCCAAGGCCAAGAAAGGCAGCAUGAAAGGCCAGGAUGUGGCUGUCAAACUUAUUCCUAAGUCUAAGAUGACCACUUCAAUUGCUAUUGAGGAUGUAAGGCGAGAAGUGCAAAUAUUACGAGCUCUAAAUGGACAUAAGAACCUGGUACAGUUCUAUGAUGCCUAUGAAGACGAUGAUAAUGUCUAUGUUGUGAUGGAGUUGUGCAAAGGUGGUGAACUAUUGGAUAGGAUACUAGCAAGGGGUGGAAAAUACUCCGAAGAUGAUGCAAAGACUGUUAUGGUUCAGAUAUUAAGUGCAGUUGCCUACUGUCAUCUCCAAGGCGUGGUUCACCGUGAUUUGAAGCCAGAGAAUUUUUUGUUCACUACUAAGGAUGAGAAUUGCACAUUGAAGGCCAUUGAUUUUGGGCUCUCUGACUAUGUAAAGCCAGAUGAAAGGUUGAAUGAUAUUGUAGGAAGUGCAUAUUAUGUAGCUCCUGAAGUUCUCCAUCGAUCAUAUGGGACUGAAGCAGACAUGUGGAGCGUUGGUGUAAUCGCUUAUAUUCUACUAUGUGGCAGUAGACCCUUUUGGGCACGAACAGAAUCUGGCAUCUUUCGAGCUGUCCUCAAAGCGGAUCCAAUUUUUGAUGAUGCUCCUUGGACUUCUUUAUCCCCUGAAGCAAUAGAUUUUGUGAAGAGGUUGUUAAACAAGGAUUAUCGUAAGAGACCGACUGCUGCUCAGGCCCUAAGUCAUCCAUGGUUAGCCGAUCAUCAUGACAUGAAAAUCCCAUUGGAUAUGAUAGUUUACAAGCUUGUAAAAGCUUAUAUCAGCUCGUCUUCUCUAAGGAAGUCUGCGCUGGGGGCGCUGGCGAAGACAUUGACUGUAAACCAGCUAGCUUACCUCCGAGAACAAUUCAUGCUGCUAGGGCCGAGCAAAAAUGGGUUCAUUUCUAUGUCAAAUUUUAAGACGGCAGUAAUAAGGAAUUCCACAGAUGCAGUGAAGGAUUCAAGGGUUCUUGAUUAUGUUAGCAUGGUUAGUUCACUUCAAUAUAAAAAAUUGGAUUUUGAAGAAUUUUGUGCAGCUGCCAUUAGUGUUCAUCAACUAGAAGGAAUGGAUUGUUGGGAGCAACAUGCAAGGCUUGCCUAUGAGAUGUUUGAGAAAAAUGGCAACAGACCUAUUAUGAUAGAGGAACUUGCCUCAGAGCUUGGUCUUAGCCCAUCCGUACCGGUUCAUGUAGUUCUCCAAGACUGGAUAAGACGUGAAGAUGGCAAGCUAAGUUUCUUGGGGUUUGUCAGGCUUCUUCACGGGGUUUCUUCCCGCACAUUUCAGAAAGGUUGAAAUACCACCUAUACAGAACAUUUUAUUUUUUCCAUUGCCUUGGAGCUCCUUGACCUGAAAAAUUGCAAAGGGGCUGCAAUGGCAUGCCCAGUUUUACCCAAAACAAGCCUGUGUUAUGUUGACAACUAUUGAGGGUUUCUGCAAGUUAAAAGCAUUAGCAGUUGUGGCAUGCCUUUGCAAAAUGGAAUCAUUUUUGACAUGGUCUCAUGUCAAGUAUGUUUUUCCUCCAUUUUGUCCUUACAUAUAUAAGGUUUUCGUUUUUCCUUUUGGUAUGGUGGUUGUCACUGGGAUUGGAAUAUUGUACAGAGGAGAGCAGAUCAAAAUGUGUUUUUAGAUUUAGCAAAGGAGAACUGAAUGGAGUCUUUUUCUGGGUUUUGGUUUAUCCCUCGUGUAUCCAGUCGCACUACUUUUUAGUAAGUUUUGGUCUGUUCUGCAUACUUGAAAUUAUCAAUUAAUCUAUAUUCUGAAUUUCUUGUGAUUCAA